UCUUCGGCAUGUUUUUCUCGGCCGAAGCUGAGGUUCGGGACACUCGUUGGCUUUGGCAACGAACACGAACCACACCGUUUGAAUGGUUGCUAUGUUUUCCUCUAGGUAUCAGACCCUCGGGCCGCGUCUUCUUUUGGUCAUAUGCUUUUCACCUCUCUCGUUAUCUCCACAUGUAAUGUAGCUUCGGGGACAAUGUUUACCAUAGAAAACCGUUGUAACAAAACAAUCUGGCCAGGAACUCUUUCCGGCAAUGGCGCUGAACUUCUUGGAGAUGGGGGAUUUUUACUGUCGCCUGGAUCGUCUGUUCAGUUCACCGCUCCGUUAGGAUGGUCAGGGCGUUUCUGGGGUAGAACUGGCUGCAACUUUGAUGAUGCUGGUAACAGGAAUUGCAUCACCGGAGACUGCACCGGGGGAUUGAAAUGCAAUGGAGGAGGUGCUCCUCCGGUUACACUGGCGGAAUUUACAAUCAGAAGCGGGAAUGGAGAUAAAGACUUUUACGACGUCAGUUUGGUUGACGGUUACAAUGUGGGGAUAGGGAUACAGGCAACUGGUGGAACUGGUGACUGUCAGUAUGCAGGUUGUGUUGCAGACUUAAAUGGUCAAUGUCCGGCAGAGUUGCAAGUAACGGAGGAAGGGGGUUCUGUGGUGGCGUGUAAGAGUGCAUGUGCGGCGUUUAAUACAGAGGAAUUUUGUUGCACCGGUGAGCAUUCAAGUCCACAGAGUUGUAGUCCAACACAGUACUCAGAGAUGUUUAAGAUUGCUUGCCCCUCUGCAUACAGUUAUGCUUAUGAUGAUGCUUCAAGCACUUGCACAUGUUCUGGAGCCGAUUAUCAUAUCACUUUUUGUCCAACUGCUUCCUCUUAGUCACACCACAUUCAUCAAUGAAUUUAGUUACUUUGAUCCGUUUUUUUUUUUUUUUGCUUUCU